AUGGCGUCCAGGCCCCCGAAGCACCCCGGCCCGCUCCUGCCGCGGCUCGAGAGCGGCCGCCAGCUCGUCGCGCCCGAGGCGGAGCCGUCGCCGUCGAAGCUGCAGCUGCCGGCGCUGGCCCUGCCCGCCGACGAGCCGGACCGGCGCGACGAGGCCUUCUCCCUCUUCGUCGAGCGGACGAGCGCGCGCGAGUCCGGGCGCAAGGGCAAGCGGAAGAGCAGGUCCGCGGGCGGCAAGGACAGCGGCCGGGGCCCGAGGCCGCCGCGCGCGGACGACUACUCGGCGUACUUCCACCACCACCCGUGGCGCGGCUCCGCGCUGGACCUCGCGCCGCGGCUCCUGCGGCGCCUCGGGAGCGGCGGGGCGAGCGGCGGCCACCGUGGCCGGGACGACGACGACGACGACGACGACGACGGCGUCGAGGACGCCGCGGAGCUCAGGGCAGCAAAAGGGUGCGAAAUUCCCAACUUCAAAGGCUCAUAUCUCGGCCAUUUUCCACUCGCGGAGCUCGAGGUCGCGGCGCACGGGUCCGAGUGGUUCGCGGCGGUGUUGGGCGAGCCCUGCUGCGUGUUGCGGCUGGACGCGAAGAAGGCCGUGAGCGACGCGCUGCGGUCGGGCUGCGGCGAGGCCUGCGCCGUCGUCGCGGAGAUCCGGCGCGCCGCGGACGCGGGCGACGCGGAGGCGCCGCUCUUCGCGCACUGGGAGGCGGACGCGUGCCGGGCCGUCUUCCGCACCGUCGGCGGCGCCCUGGAGCUCGCGGCGCGCGUCACGGGGGCGCGGCCCACGCGCGCCGCGCUCCACUGGACCGGGGAGGCCGUCGCGGUCGAGGCGGGCGCCGAGGGCCGGCCGCACUCGGCCGCCCUCGCGGUCGUCGCGGACGAGCUCGAGCUCCUCGGCGACGCGGGCAUCGCCGUCUCCGCCGCGGCGAAGCAGCGCCUGGACGGCGAGGCCGUGGCGCCGCCGUUGGGCCUCUUCGCGCAGUCGGGGUUCGCGUGGACGUUCCUGCCGGAGACGCGGUGGGCCGAGGGGUCGAGGCCCGCGCCCCUCCGGGGCGACCGGAAGACCGUGGUCAUGGCCACGUUGGCGUUUGACGCGAAGCUCGCCCGGGAGGCGGGCUCCGCGCGGCUCUUCGUCCAGCGGCGCCGCGCCGUCGCCGUGCUCCAGACCGCGCUCGGCUGCGGCGGCGGCGAACGCGCGCCGGGCUCGGACGCGCUCUACGUCUUCGACAGCGUCGCGGCGGGGCUGUUGGCGGCCCUCGACGCCAAGGCCGCCCUCGACAAGUUCGUCGCCCAGGCGCUCGUGGACGUCGCGGCGACGGGCUUCGGCAUCGCCGCGGGCGAGCUCGUCGCGGCGCCCGGCGCGACGACGGGCGCCUGCGUCGCCGUCGCCGCGCGGCUCUGCCACGAGCUCGCGGGCCGCGCGACGCCCGGCGGCGUCUUGGUCGACGGGCCCGCGCGCGCGGAGCUCGGCGACCUCGCCGCGGUCCGCGGCCGGCACAAGCCAGGGCAGGAAAAGAGUGCGACAUUCCCAACUUCAAAGGCUCCUAUCUCGGCCGACGUCCACUCGCACAAGCACGUGAAAGUCGUCGCGACGUGGCUCAAGGGGCCGGGCGGCCAGCUCGACGAGUUCCACCAGGUCUACGGGUCCAGCGGCGCGCUCUAUCGGGAGACGGAGGCGUCCCUCAAGCGCGCGCGCGAGGACGCGCUCCGCGCGCGGCGGAGGCGCGACGCGGCCAAGGCGACGCGCCGCGCGGACUACGGCCGCGGCGCCGCGACGGGCGGCCGGAAGCGGCAGAAGGGGCCCCAGCUCGACGCGACCUGCGCGUCGGCCCUCGAGGAGCUCCGGGCCGUCACGGAGCCCGGCGACGUCGAGGUCGAACGCGUGCUGCGGAAUUUGCUGGACGCGCUGCGCGCGGGGAAGAACGACGCCGUCGUCAAGAGCCGGCGCCGCGAGCUGCUCCAGCUCCACGCGCGCUGGUGCCCGCGGUCCGCGCUGCGCACGGACCACACGCCCGCCGAGCGCGAGUCGCAGGCCGCGCUGGCGGACUGGUACCGCGGCGCGGGCAAGUCCGCGCGGUCCGGGAGUAAGGCGUUCGCGCCCGCGCGGCGCCGCGCGCGGAAGCUGCGCCGGAAGCGCGAGACGGCGUCGGACCGCAUCCAGACGGCCUUCCGCGUGGCGCCGACCAUGGUCAAGGCGCGCGCGCGCGCGAAGCGGGCGCAGAAGCGGACCAAGGCCGCGUUCGACGCGGCGAAGAUCGGCAAGUUCGGCCGGGGCUGGGCGAAGACGGCGAGCCGCGCGCUCUGGCCCGGCGCGCGCGACGUCCGCGCCGCGAAGACGCCCGCGUCGGCCCUCGCCGUGCUCGUCGACGCCGCGGGCGGCCGCGCGUCGCGCGCGCGGGAGAGUCUGGUCGGCGCCGUCGGCCGCGGCGGCGACGACGCCAAGACCGCGGCGCACCAUUUGGACGCCAUCGUCGACGACCUGCGCCACGACGGCGCCCAGCGCGAGCGCACGGACGAGGAGAAGGCCGCCGGGGCCGCGGGCAUCCGCGCGCGCAUCCAGUACCUGCGGUCGCGGUGCUCGGACCCGGCGGCGAUUGACGCCGAGCUCGCGGCGGAUCCGCGGUUGCUCAUGGGCGGGCCCGCGGGGCUGAGCCGCGUCGAGGCCCUGUUCGCCAACGCGCAGCUCGAGGCCGCGGAGGACGCGGAGGCGACGGCCGAGGCCGCGGGGGCGACGGCCGAGGCGCCGGCCGCCGCGGACGCCGCCGCGGACGAGGAGGAGGACGACGACGACGCGGAGGACGACGACGACGCGUCGAGCGACGGCGACGCGUCGGGCGACGCCGUCGUCGACGAGGCGAAGGAGCGGCGCCGCGCGGAGCGCCGGGCCGCGCGCAAGGCGGAGAAGAAGCGCCUCCGGGACGAGGCGAAGCGCGCGCGCGCGGAGGAGAGCCUCCCGGGCCGCGCGCGGCCGCCGCCGCUCGCGGCGGGCCCGUCGCUGACGAACGCGCUCUACCUCGGCGUGCCGACGAAGAAUUCCCAGCCGAGCUCGCCCUUCUCGAAGCGGCGGCCGAGCAAGGGCCAGCGCGACGCGCCGAGCCCCCUGGCCAAGGCGCAGAUGCGGUCCGCGGCGCGCGCGGCCUUCUUCGAGAACGCGGCCGCGGCGCCCGCCGCCGCCGCGGCGGCGCCCGAGGCCGCGGCGCCGCCGAAGCACAAAAAAGCCGCGCCGCCGCCGCCCGUGACGGCCGCCUUGGAGGCCCUCGAGCGGUCCGCGGCGCUCGGCGUCGGGUCGUCGCGCGAGUCGCGGCAGGCGGCCAUGGCCGAGGCCGUCGAGCUCGAGCGCGACGCGUCCGAGGCCGUGCUCUACGGCGGCGGGCCCGAGCUGUCGCGGCGGCUCCAGGUCGCCGUCAUCAAGGAGGUGCUCCUCGCGCCCAUCGCGUCCGACGGCGACGGCGACCCGGAGUCGCUCGAGGAGCUCGACGGCUGGUACCGGCCCUUCCUCGUCGAGUCCAUCAUGAAGAGCCGGCCCGACCUCCUCGCGGCGCACCUCAUCUGCCUCCCCAUCGACGAGCUCGAGCUGCUGUUCGGGGGGCUCAUCAUGGUCGCGAACGGGUUUCCGACGAAGUACGUGGAGCAGAUCGAGUACCGCAUCGAGCACCCCCAGGUCUACGCCUUCGAGCCGCUGGCCGACGUCGCCGAGGCCGACGCGCCCGAGGACGACAGCCCGCGGCCGCCGCCCGCGGCCGCGGCCGCGGCGGCGGUCGUCGUCGAGGCCGCGCCGCCGCCGCCCGCGGCGGACGACGACGACGACGACGACGACCAGGUCGACCACCUGAAGAAGCGCCUGCUCCGCGACGGCCAGAGCACCUACGUCGACACGCUCUCGGGCUUCUCCUUCGACGUGGCGUCCUACGCCGUCGGGCCCGACGACGACGGCGCGGAGCCCCUCGAGUCGAAGCUGAAGCGCGACAUCAUCCUCGCGCUCCGCGCGAUGGACUGGCUCCCCGCGGGCUUCAAGAAGGUCAUCAAGUACCUCCGCGAGCACGGCUGGACCAAGGACGAGGCGCCCGACGCCGUCUUCAACGCCGCGGCCACCCAGCUCUUCGAGGCGGGCAAGGUCCAGCUCUCCUUCCGGCGCGACGGCUCCCCGUUCGAGGUGUGGUGAGAUU